AUGGCUACAAAUCAAGCAAUUGUCAAAGUAACAAGUUCUGUUUUUAAUGCAUUAGAUAAAAAUAAAAAAUGUAACACCAUUUAUUUGGACCUAGAAAAAGCUUUUGACACGGUAGACCACAAAAUUCUUAUUUAUUAUCUAGGAAAAGUGGGAAUUAGGUUUUCUGCACUUCUUUGGUUUAAAUUAUAUUUAAAUAAUCGAAAACAACAGGUAAACAUAAAUGGUGCCAUGAGUGAUGAGGAAAUAGUCUCGUAUGGAGUUCCUCAAGAUACCACUAUAUCACCAAUACUGUUUAAUAUACAAAUGAGCAACGUCUUCUUAAUCCCGCUUAAAAGUGAAAUCGUAUGCUAUGCAUAUGAUACGGUUCUUAUAUGUUAUAAUGAAAACUAG